CCGAUUCUGAUGAAAGUCACAUGUCAAUGUUUGGCUUGGUCACAAGAUGAGGAUUUUUUUGGUGUGUUUUGUUGCUUUCAUCAGUCUGAUAAAUUGUCAGAUUCCACCGUUUACAGAAGAAUGCGUUGAUAAUGCUUAUCCGCCACCAGAAAGCCGUAAAGUGCCUUCAUACGUGGUCAACCUUGACCUCCCUGCUGCCCAAAGAUGGACACAUGUAGUGAAGAACAAAGGACCUGAGAUUAAGAAGUUACUGGAUGAGUUCAAGUCGUUCAUCAGUGACAUUUUUAAUGGAUCCCAGGCUAUUGUCAACUUCAUUGACAAAGAAGGGCCUGCCUUUGAUGAGACAUUACCACAGCCGUUUGCUGAUGAAAUGAGAGGGAUUGCAAACGCCACUGGUCUGAAACUGGGAGAAAUUGUUUUCUUCAAUAUCUUCUACGAGUUUUUUACUGUCUGCACAUCCAUAGUUGCACAGGAUCCUAAAGGUACACUUUAUCAUGCAAGAAAUCUUGACUUUGGUCUUUUUCUUGGUUGGGAUAUAAAGAACAACACCUGGGCAGUAACAGAGCUGCUGAGACCCUUGGUGAUCAUUGUGGAUUUCCAGAAAGGAGGCCAAACUGUCUUCAAAUCCGUCAACUUUGCAGGAUACAUUGGCAUUCUGACAGCUAUCAAACCUAAAUUAUUUACACUUACUAUGAAUGAGAGAUUCAAUAAAGAUGGUGGCUACAUAGGACUGAUGGAGUGGAUCCUUGGAGAACGUACGGGGCAAUGGAUGGGCUUCCUGACAAGACAAGUAAUGGAGUCAGCCUCUGGCUUUCUGGAGGCAAAAGUAAUGUUGUCAAAUGAAGAGAUGCUGGCCCCAGCCUAUUUCAUACUUGGUGGCAAUAAAACCUCAGGACUUUAUCAACAGGGAUGUGUCAUCACACGGGCACGAGAAUUUGUAGUAGAUGUGUGGGACAUGGAGAGUGCUAAUGGCUGGUACAUACUGGAGACCAAUUAUGACCACUGGUCAGCGCCACUUUUCCUUGACGAUAGGCGUACACCUGCUCACCACUGUAUGGGCAAUAUGACACAGCAGGGUGUAUCAAUAAAAGGACUUCACAACGUUUUAUCGUCCAGGCCAGUCCUCAAUAAGCUAACCACAUAUACAGCUCUGAUGCAGGUAGACAGCGGCCAUCUUGAAGUCUGGCUUCAGUACUGUCCUGACCCAUGUAUUCCAUGGUAACUGUCCUGACCCAUGUAUUCCAUGGUAACUGUCCAGACCCAUGUAUUCCAUGGUAACUGUCCAGACCCAUGUACUCCAUGGUAACUGUCCAGACCCAUGUACUCCUGGUAACUGUACAUGUCCAUUGUAGUAUCCAGGAUAAUGUUGACAGACUUUUGUAUCCAGCAGAACACCAACUUACCAGUGAUUGAUAAUUACCUUACCAUACAUCUCGAACUAUAGCUUUUCAAAGCAGUGCUGUGAUCUCAUUUAUAUGAUAUAUCCAUUCCAUCAAUACUUGAUAUUCCUUCUCUAUGUGCCUAGUGUGAUCCCUGGGAUGUGUGGAUGUGUGGAUGUGUUACUGCAGAUUCUGGUUAUUUAAACAAAAGCAUUGUCUUGAUACCAUCAGGCACAUGUUGUCAUAUCUUGUCACUGUGGUCACUAUAUGAAUAUAUAAUGACCACGGUUCUAUUACAUUCAUCAACAUUUAGCAAUUUAUUCUAUUUUUCAUCUUUUUUCACCUUUUUUAUAAUGACAAAACCAUAUACAGAUACAAAGAGAUGACUGUUUGAAUUUUGUUAGCAAUUGUACAAGUCCUAGAAUUUGUUAGCAAUUGUACAAGUCCUGGAAUUUGUCAGCAUAGAAUUUGUUAGCAAUUGUACAAGUCCUAGAAUUUGAUAGCAAUUGUACAAGUCCUGGAAUUUGUCAGCAAUUGUACAAGUCCUAGAAUUUGUCAGCAUAGAAUUUGUCAGCAAUUGUACAAGUCCUAGAAUUUGUCAGUAAUUGUGAAAGUCCUAGAAUUUGUCAGCAAUUGUACAAGUCCUAGAAUUUGUCAGCAAUUGUACAAGUCCUAGAAUUUGUCAGCAAUUGUGCAAGUCCUAGAAUUUGUCAGCAAUUGUACAAGUCCUAGAAUUUGUCAGCAAUUGUAAAAGUCCUAGAAUUUGUCAGCAAUUGUAUAAGUCCUAGAAUUUGUCAGCAAUUGUACAAGUCCUAGAAUUUGUCAGCAAUUGUACAAGUCCUAGAAUUUGUCAGCAUAGAAUUUGUUAGCAAUUGUACAAGUCCUAGAAUUUGUCAGCAAUUGUACAAGUCCUAGAAUUUGUCAGCAUAGAAUUUGUUAGCAAUUGUACAAGUCCUGGAAUUUGUCAGCAAUUGUACAAGUCCUGGAAUUUGUCAGCAAUUGUACAAGUCCUAGAAUUUGUCAGCAAUUGUACAAGUCCUAGAAUUUGUCAGCAAUUGUAAAAGUCCUAGAAUUUGUCAGCAUAGAAUUUGUUAGCAAUUGUACAAGUCCUAGAAUUUGUCAGCAAUUGUACAAGUCCAAGAAUUUGUCAGCAUAGAAUUUGUUAGCAAUUGUACAAGUCCUAGAAUUUGUCAGCAUAGAAUUUGUCAGCAAUUGUACAAGUCCUAGAAUUUGUCAGUAAUUGUAAAAGUCCUAGAAUUUGUCAGCAAUUGUACAAGUCCUAGAAUUUGUCAGCAAUUGUACAAGUCCUAGAAUUUGUCAGCAUAGAAUUUGUCAGCAAUUGUACAAGUCCUAGAAUUUGUCAGUAAUUGUAAAAGUCCUAGAAUUUGUCAGCAAUUGUACAAGUCCUAGAAUUUGUCAGCAAUUGUACAAGUCCUAGAAUUUGUCAGCAAUUGUAAAAGUCCUAGAAUUUGUCAGCAAUUGUAAAAGUCCUAGAAUUUGUCAGCAAUUGUAAAAGUCCUAGAAUUUGUCAGCAAUUGUACAAGUCCUAGAACUUGUCAGCAAUUGUACAAGUCCUAGAAUUUGUCAGCAAUUGUAAAAGUCCUAGAAUUUGUCAGCAUAGAAUUUGUUAGCAAUUGUACAAGUCCUAGAAUUUGUCAGCAAUUGUACAAGUCCUACAGGACUAAUUGGAGGGAGUUAUUGAACAGUAUUUGAAUAGCAGAAUUGUCUUGAUACUAACUGCAGGCAGGAGAGUGACAUACAGGAGAUUUAGAUAGUGAUUACAGACAACAAUGAGAUGCUUUAGCUUGGCAUGUUGACAUUUAAUGCACAUAAAAAUGUAAUACGCUUUAGCUAUUUGAUACAUUGUGAAAAUGGUAUGCAUGGUUUCAGAAUGAAUGAUAUGACGUAUUCUUAUUGUUUCUUAGUGAAAUAGACAAAGCAGUGCGUACAAUGCAAUAUAUAGGCUGUGGGAACACUCAUUUGUUAUAUUGUAUGUAAAUCAAGUGCUUAGUAAGUAAACUGAUGUUUUAAUUUACUUGAGUCCUCUCUAUGUUUCAUUCUGUUUAGACUUUUAUACACUAUGUAUCACUUACUCAAGAAAAUAAAAUCCAUUGUUUUUUUUCUGAUGUGUGUUUUACACACAUUGAGGUGACAAAGCUACCAAA